GACAGAAAAAGAGCAGUUAAAAGCGGAAAAACGAUCUUAUUGUGCGGCUAAUAAGAUGAACUCGCCGCUGGCAGAGUAUCCACAAAUUGAUUUAUAUGAAUUCCUCACUGAGUCCGAACUGCAGCAGUACUACAAUGCCGUCAAAAACGAAUUGAAAAUAACGAACGCGGCCCAGUUCAAGUAUGCGGCGGACGAGGAUUUGCGUUUCAUCGGGCUCUCGCGCCCGGAAAUCCGGAGGCUGCGCAAGUUCUACGAGAAGCACUUCCCCCACAGCUACCUCAGUAAGAUCAAGCGUCUGCUGCAGGCGCCCGGCACGAUGGUGAAGCGGGAGGAGGCGUCCGGCGGCGCAGGUCAAGUGGCGCUCGAUGGCAGUGGCGCCCCCGCCUGCUCGACGCUAGCCGCCAAGAACGGAGCCACCUCACCGGGCAAGGUGCCCAACAACAAGCACAUCAUUCCGGCGGACUCCAUUAGCGUAAACAAGCAGUUGGGCACCGGCGAGUUUGGUAUCGUCCAGCAGGGCGUCUGGUCCAAUGGCAGCGAGAGGAUCCAAGUGGCCAUCAAAUGCCUGUGCCGGGAGCGCAUGCAGUCGAAUCCCAUGGAGUUUCUCAAGGAAGCGGCCAUUAUGCAUUCCAUCGAGCACGAGAACAUCGUGCGGCUCUACGGAGUCGUCCUGGCCACGGACUCGCUUAUGCUGGUCACUGAGCUGGCCCAUCUGCGCUCGCUUCUGGAGUGUCUAAAGGAUUCCGGGCUGCGAGUCAGUUUCCUUACCAUCCCCACGCUCUGUGAGUUUGCCCUGCAGAUCUGCAAUGGAAUGCGAUACCUGGAACAGAAGCGCCUCAUCCACAGAGACCUGGCGGCACGGAACAUCUUAGUGUUCAGCAAGGACAAGGUCAAGAUCUCCGACUUCGGACUGUCGCGGGCACUGGGCGUGGGCAAGGACUACUACAAGACAAACUUCAACGUGAAUUUAAAGCUGCCGAUCGCGUGGUGUGCGCCCGAGUGCAUCAACUAUCUACGCUUCACCAACGCCUCCGAUGUGUGGGCCUUUGGGGUCUGCCUAUGGGAAAUGUUCUCUUAUGGCUUCCAGCCCUGGGCGGCGCUUACCGGCCUGCAGAUCCUGGAGGCCAUCGACGCACCCAACUACCAGCGACUGGAACAGCCCGACUGCUGUCCCAGCGAGUAUUAUACACUGAUGAUGAAGUGCUGGCAGGACGAUGCUGCCAAGCGACCGCGCUUCGGUGAGAUUUAUGACCAACUGCCCGAUAUGAAGCCAGAGCAGCUGAAGGCCGUGGUGAAUUGCACAGAGCCCAAGAAGGACCAUCUUCUUUAUCGCCAGGGCGACAUUAUAAGCGUUCUUGACCGCAACACGGGCACGCCCUUCUGGAAGGGAGUACUCAGCACUGGCAAGACGGGCUACUUCAACCCCUCCAACACUGUGGCCUUUCUCGAAGGUCUGCCCAGCUCCAGCCGCGACUCUUUCAGCCGGGUGAGCGACCAUAGGAUCAGCAAGCGCAAGCUGCGCACCGAGAUGAUUUCGAAACCGCAAAACGACUUUAAGCACACCGGUCACGUGGGUAUUGACGGAGCAACCUUCGGCGAUAUCGCUUUCCUGGGAAGUUCGCAGAAUUACAAUCACGUGCCCAAGCAAAUUGUGACUCCCUACAAACCAUCGGAGGACAUAGAGCAGACGCCCCUUUUACUGCCGCCCACACCCACCAGUCCCGACUCGCUGCAGACCGCCAGUGGUUAUUUCCCCGAGGGUUCCAGCAGCGGAGGAGCCAUGGGAACCUCCAUGAAUCCCACAUUCAUUCCAUCCGCCGAGCACACACCCAAGCUGAUAGCCACAAACGGCCAGAGCUCGUUCGACUUUGCCACCGGGUCCACCAAUCCGUUCUUCCUCAACAGAGGGGAUGAUGAGCUGGAGUUUGGUUUGCAGAACAACAACUACGGUUUGGAUGGCAAGAGUAUCCAUUCGGGAGAGGCCGGUUGGCGGCCUAGUUCUCGGAGUGUUGUAGAUGAUCCUCACGAGUACCACGAGAUAUCAGAUGAUGAGAUGGCUGCCGACAAGCUGGACUUCGGGCCAUCGUUGAUGGACGAGAUUAACUCAAUGUUUGGAUCGAUAAGUGGGGCUUCUAGUAGCCACCCCAAGUCGCCGGGAUUUGAUCAUGUGAAUAGUAAGAACGAAUUUGCGGAAAUGUCUGUUAAACUGGGCCAAAAGAGUGGCGACACCAAUGGCAAUAAGCAUGGCCAUAGUCUGCUGCCUACGCUCUCAAAAAAGAAAUCGUCGGGCACUGUGAAGCCUAUUUCUGUGAAGGACGAGAAGAUUCUCAACCAUGCAAUCGAGAUAGCCAACGAGAUUAGUGCCAGAUCGAUGAUUGAUUUGGUUUCUGAUCAGACCCCUGCCAUCCACAGUCCCAAGCGCAAGUUUAGCUUCAGGUUUCCGCACUUGAGUAAUAAUGGGGACAAGGCCAGUGGCCUAGGAGGAGCCAGCGGUUCCGCCCACACUCCCACACACGGAAACGCAUCGCCCUUUUCUAAGAAGAAGAACUUCACCGAGGAGCUGCAAAGCAUUCCGGAUAUACAGCGUUUCCGCUCGCUAAGCGAGAUCAAGAACAGCACCGAUCUGCGUGUGCCCAUCUUCGACAAGGAAAGCUCCGACUUUCUCUUUCAAAAGUCUCGCGAGAUUCUCAGCAGGCCGUUGAAUCUGGAGCGGGAGCGGGCGGAGGAUCAGGCGCCGAAGAGCAUCGACGACAACAUCAUGGACAUUGAGAACACACUAAAAGCGCUCAACCUGGACUUCAUGCACACUUACACAGAGCUGGACAAGAGCGACUCCAACGACACGAUCCUAAACGACCAACUGCCGGCCUGUCUGGACGAUGGCAUCAGCAGUGCCACAGGCAGCCUCAAGUCGGCGGUCUACAGCUACAGCAACGGGGUGCAGACCAUGUUCGACUUCAAUGCUGCCACCAGCCAUCUGGACAAGCACCUGCAGUACAUGCACAACCAGGCGCAGCUGAGCGCCGCUGCUCCGGUUGAUCCCAAGCCCAUGGAGGACAAGCGCUCGAGCACUCCGGACACGGGAUUCGCCUCGCGGGAUACCAACAUCUCGCUGUCGCGCCGCAGCAGCCAAAAGUCCAGCUACAGUCCACAGGAAAGCUUCCAUUUUCCGCUCAAGGGCGAGGCCCUGUUCAGCGCUCCACCAGUGGUUAUGUCAGGAGGCUAUGCCAGCCUCAAGGAUGAGCUCGGCUAUGAGCGCUUCGGAAAUGGCGCCACCAAGCAGAUGCUGGCCAGUGCCUCGCCCAUUAAGUCAGGAGCAGCGCUAAAUGCCAGCAGUGGUUCCGUUUAUAUGGGUUCCAAGGGCUAUCGCCAACGCUCGACAUCUUUCAACGAGAGCUUUCAUCCCAUUUCACCGGUCCUCUCCGAGCCGCCGCAGCGGGAGAGAGGUGUGAUUCAGCGGCAGGUGAGGAUGGAGCAACAGCCGCCCUUGCCACGUCGCUCCGCUUCGUAUAAGCCCCGUUCCAUCCGAGCACGCACUUUAAGACGGUUGAGCUACAAUCCCAUGACCCUGGAUUCGAGUUCCUCUAGCGGCGAGGAGCCCACUAAGCCCAGUCUGGCCCGCUCCGAGUGCGACAUCCGGGCCAGAGUGACGGCCAGCUCAAAUUCCUCGUUGGGCAGACGCCGGCGGGCGGGAAUGAACCGCCAGGUGCAGUCCGCCUGUCACGACGAACGUGAAGCCAUCAUCUCUCCUCGCCAGAUCUACGGCUCUAAUUCGAGCAUCAAGUCUGCACCACACUACAACAUUGGUGGGCAGCGGCGUAGCUUCCACAGAGGUGGAGCCGGCGUGAUGGGCGGUGGCUAUGAGCAGUUCCAGUACGACGAGCGCAUUUACGAUUUCGGAGGACGUGGUCCUGGCAACAACUACAAUAUGGCCCACGCGAGCUACCUCAGCUCGAGUCAAAAACCCAGUUAUCAUAUAAACGGAACCGAAUUGCCUGGAUCUGGAUCGGGGUCCUCCUCGGCAGCCUCGUCGGCAGUGCAGGCCACUUACAGGGCAGGAGCUGGUGCCCCUAUACAGCGACCCAUGAGCGGUGGAGCUGCUCUGCACGAAUUCGACAUUAGCCGGCUCACGGGAAAGAGUCCCACUUCCACAAACUUUGUGGGAAGUUCGCCGGAGGAACUAAAGCAGCGCCAGCUUUCGAUGGGCUCCCUGCUAGCCCCUAGCAACAAGGUGGUGAAGCCCCAAAGACCCACUGAGUUUCACUGGCCGGAGAAGAUCCACGCAUCGGCGGUGAAGCAGAAUGAGAUGCACUGGAGGCAGAUGCAACAGCAGCAGCAGCAGCAGCAGCUGUCCACAGCAACGAUAAUUGGUGCGGCGAGUGGAGGAGCGGCAGUGGCAGCCAGGAGGUCCAGUGACAGCUCCUCCUCAUCCAGCACCGAGAGCGGUGAUGAGUUCCAGUUCCGCCGCGAGUUCGUGGCGCCCCGAAUUCCGCCCAGCCCGGCUCCAUAACUAAGGAAAAUGCUGAAAUACGUUCUCAAUUUACUGUUCGGCAAUGUGAUGUCCGAUUAGAGGCGAUGGAUAGAUGCGAAUUGGAUCCGGAAAGUCGUGGUCACGAAUAGAGGAGGCUCCUCGUGGAGCUGGGCGAUGUGGUGUUUGUGCUACUGUCUGUGUGUGUUUGAGGAAGGGAGCGUAGAGUGUUGGCGUCGAAAAGUAAAUUGAAGAAGUAUUUACAGCAAAUAGAUUAUAUAUAUUUUUUGGAUUUGCAUUUUUUGAAGCGAGAUGAGAGUGUGCCUUAUAGGAAAACACCGAAGACCUCUCAGAACAGAUAAUAAUGAUGUGCAGAUCAGCUGCACACCUUCCAAACAUUCUAUCAUCGCAAGGUUCAUCUUCAUCAACAGCUAAACUCCACUUAAACACAAAUAAUAGCGGUUUCCCUUUUCAAGUUGGAUCAAAUGUGGCGAAAUACAGGAUCUAUAAUGUUUUGGAAUUGACCUUGACCCUGAUUUCGCCAUAUUUAAUCCAUGUCGAAAUCGGUAAUACAUCUAAAGUUUUCUAAAAGUACUCUAUUCAGUAGCCUAAAGUCAAUAUACAAAACUUUUCUUCAACUUUUCACUACAAGAAACACAAAUAACAAAUAUAAUGGCUUCCAAACGGAUUGAAAAUGUUCAAGAAUUUUUAAAAAGCAAAACCCAACAAGAGCUUGGUUGUCGGAAACAGUAUUCGAGGCACAAGACAAACACAAACACUCACACUUAUUGAGGGGACUCCAACUAGACAGGGUAUUACCUAUUACCACCCCGGUAAUUGUAAGUCACACACAGCCAUAGAAAGACAACCAGACAAACAGUCACCCACACAGAACUGUUGACAAUCCUCAGAACUUGUCCACAUCAGAAGACAUUCGUCGGAGCAAGACUCCCGAACGGAUCAUGUGCCAUAUCCUGACGCUUGCAUUUUUUACGAAACCAAAGCUAAAGCGAAACCAAAAGCAAAACCGAAACAAGUUUAACGAUACCGAAACCAAGAGAAGCAUUUAAGCUCACUUUAACUAGAGUGUCGAACCCUAAAGUAUCUUUAAGAUUGGCGAUUGAAGUGUCAAGUAUUGGCCCACUAACCAAAACGAAAGCAAAAGCAAAAGCAAAACUAAAAAUUAACUCUAAUCAAUCGAAUUGCCGACGGCUGCAAAGUGCCGAACGUUUUUGAUAACCUCACUAAGCAUAUAUUAUAUGGAUUAUACUUACUAAAAGAUUUUCGCAUUCUAUGCAUUUAUGGAUAAACUCAAAUUGAAAGUAUGAUAUACAGAUUAUAUAUACACCUACCUAAAUCUAAAUCAACCUAAUUAUAUGUUUACAAGUAAAGUGGCGUAUGCGGUAAUGAUAGCAUUACGGAACAUGAUAUUCUAAACUAUGCGUUCGAAGCGUUUCAACCCAGAGAACCUAAAACUAAAUGAAAACCAAAAUAUACUCGAGUAUUAUACAAGAAACCCCAGAAAACUAAACUAAAACUAAACAUUUAACUAAGCAACAAGUAUUUAAAAACUAAAAAAGGAAGAGUUUGAAUUCUAAGAACCAAACAAGUUAAUUGGUAAUCAAAAAAAGAAAAUGUUGUGCAUAUUUAAAGGGAUUCAAUAAAGAAAAACUAAUUCUGAAUUUCA